CAGCGAUUCUCCAGUUCCCGCGUUUGGCCCGACCCUCGGGGUGAGAAUUAAAUUACGGAAUGGAUUUAAUCCGCGCAACCUGCUAACCAACAAUCCAGAUCCUGGCUUUAUAAUCCUGAUCCAACUUUCUUGUAAAAUCCGUGCCAUUUUCUCCGACACCCCGACAAUUGGCGCGGACGAACCAGCCAGGGCAAGGGGGGAGCUGAGGAUUGAGGCAGGGGGUGAGUGAGGAGGUGAGUGAGGAGGUGAACAGUAAUCCACACUCCCCGCUUAAAUAGCGACACUAUGGUAAUUGAUUAUGAAAGAGAAGCACGGUUCAGCAGCCAUGAGAUCACCCAAGAGGCCUUAAGUCUGCGUGCUAUAUGGCUGCGUGGGUCCAUGGGUUUCUAUGGCUGAUAUUUAUCUUGCAGGGCUGACAUCUCACUGCUGCUGCCGGCAAACCAUGUGGUGUGGCAGUGGAGAGGCGCGCGUGGCACUACUGCGGCUGGUCGGGGUAGCGGGCGUGGGCGCCUGCACCAAUGACGUCCUAGUGGCUUGUCCCGUCACCGCCGAGUCUCCUCUGCGCCACGUCGUCUACUUCCCCGGGGACAUACAGGGCUACCGGGACGAGAUGGCGGCAAGCCCGGACAGCGCGCGCUGGCAGCGCUGGAGCCUGGAGGAGACGGCGUGCCUGCUAGCGCGCCGCUUCCCGGGCCGCUGCGUGUGGCUGGUGCGCGCCUCGCGCAUGCACCUGCACAAGUUCAGCUGCUACGACAACUUCGUACCGAGCAACAUGUUCGGUGCGCCCGAACAUGCAAGUGGCCGCACGGCGUUCUCCCACCUCCACCGGCUGCUUUCCAACGCUAGGGCGGAGCUGCUCGGUGCCACACGCGAUGGGAGCGAAGCCGGUGACUGGCACAGCACGGCGUCCGGUCCAUCGGGCGCGCCGCCAACGACCGAUGGGAGCCGCGACGAAACGAGCGGCCCUGUGGUUGGCGAAGAUGCACGGAGUGCGCCGGAGCUCAGUAACGUAGAUUCGGUGGCCCUCCUCCGGAGCGAGGAGUUCUUCUCGAGGCCGCGCACCGUGACCCUGGUGGGCUUCAGCAAGGGCUGCGUGGUCCUCAACCAGCUGCUGUACGAGCUGGCUGCCGCGCAAGGGGACGCAACGCUGGCACCCGUAGUCGGCGCCGUGCGGGACAUGUACUGGUUGGACGGGGGCCACUCUGGGGGUCGCGACACGUGGGUGACGUGUUCCGACGCGCUGCGGCAGCUUCACACCGCCGGCGUCGACGUGCGGGUCCAUGUGACGCCUUAUCAGGUGUGCGACCCCAUGCGCGCCUGGAUCGGCAAGGAACAGCGCAAGUUCAUCAGCGUCCUGCAGGAGUUUGGGGCGACGGUCACCGAACAAAUACACUUUGAGAAGGAGGCCUCCUCUUUGGAGAACCACUUUCGAAUUCUGGAGAACUUCUGAGUGGGUGAUUUGCUAUCCUGGCUUGGGCCGGUCACCAGGUUUGCUUUGUGUGUCGCAGACAGCGUGGUGUUUAUUUUUCUUGCCUAAUUGUAUUAGUUUUCCGCAGGGAACGUUUAGUUUCCAUUGAGAAAGCUCCACACCAACGCAGCUGGCACGUUUUGAAUGAAUUUCCUUCUGCGUCUUAAAUUACAUAUUUUAUUCUAAAAGUAUCUCAGCCCUUUGUGGCUUCUUGAGAGUGACAGUCCAGUCGACACUAGUCCCUGGCAGUGUGCAAUCCUAGCGCGGCAUGGCUGGUAGAUCCCAGCAGCCCUCCCCUGAAUUGGUAUAAGGACGACAGGCACCGUGUGAAGACCGGCCAAGGUGCUUUCAGAGCUGGUGGUGAGUGCCUGUUGUUUAUUAUUCCGUUUGUUUACCCGGGAAAGUCUCGCAACUCUAUUUCAGGAGGGUCAUUUAUUUUCACAGUAGGGGGUGGCAAUUAUUGCCCUGUAUAUUCCAAUUGAGCCUAAAAUAAUACACUUUUUAUACUGGGCUGGCAGUGGUGCAGAAGACAAAUAAAUAAAGAACUCAAACGUGUGGCAAUAGCACUGUGGCAUUUACUGGACAAAUGUGUAAUGGGCAACGUUCGAGCAAUGGCCCUUCAUAGAACGUGAAUGAUGCAUUCAUGUUCUGUGAAGAAGGUCCAUUACCUCAAACGUUGCUUAUAAUUUAGGAUUCCUUUUAAGGCCAGACUAAAAUAUUACAGUGAAGCUGGUGGUGUCAUGCUGGUGUUGGUAAAAAUCGACCAAAGCAAUUCACAACGGAGAUGGUCGCCCAAGCUAGCUCUACUUGGAGCUGAAAACUUUUCCCCAAUUUCCGUCCUCACGCAUUUGACUUCGGAUGGCGUGAGCGACACUUUACGCACUGUGCAGCGUGUGGAGGUUUUUAAAUGUAGGUUGUUUAACCGGGUAAGAUCUCAAGAGACAAGAUAGUCUCGUUGCAAUUGUGACCUGGGUCACCAAAAUGAGGAUACUUGGUGGCUCAGAGAUCAAAGACUCAAGCGUGCUAUGCAGGCGCUGUGCAGGCCCUCAUCCUAUCCAGCAGCUGCACAUGUAUGAGGCUUUUGUGGCAGGCCUCACAAAACAAUUACCUCAAAAAAAGGACGGACACACUGCUAUGCAGAACGAGCUGAAGGUGUGUAGAGUAUUCUUUGGGAUUGCGAGACAAUCGGCCUCCACUGACCACCUUGCAGGCUAUUCUGAAUAAGGAUUGAGAGUAGCCCGAAAUGCGACUGCGGUUUCCAUUCUGAAGCGAUGGACUGCACAGGAAUGCCACUGCCCAUUGUGAUUAUUCGCCAACGACAGCAUUCGGAUGUCCCCAAUGCUGCUCUUGAAGCCGACCCCGGCUCAUGGAUCACGUCGCACGGCUCACUGCCAACCGUGAUAUGAGCAUAGAAAUGCUGCUGAUCCACUCCCACCACCAUGUGAGAGAAGACGAGCUACACUCCGGCCAGGCUGUAGAAAGGAUCUUCUUUCUGUCUUUGUGGCUCGGAGAGCAGCAACCACGGGGCCAGGGCUGGCAGCUGAGGUGGCGCGACGCGGUUUUCCUACAGACGCUCCGUUCUGUUUCCUCUGUUGCCGCGUAGUGGCCACAUGUUCGAGGGGCUGUGCAGAGAAAUACAAUCGUUGGAAGUAGUCCACCGCCUCUCCCAGAACCCUCAAUCUCAUGCACGGCAAGUCCUGGAGUGAACAGGGGAACAGGGUGUAUCGCAAUUUGUGAGUUUGAUGCCCAACCACGGCUCACAUAAGUGGUCCUUCUGUGAUCCUGUGCUGACCCUCUACUGACCAACAUGGUGAAGUAUGGUAAAAACAACCCCACAUUGGUAGAUUGACAAGUAGCAGUGGCGACGUACUGACAAUAUCAGUUAACCUGCAGGAAUACCGGUUAACUGAAAGGCGUUGCCCUUAAACGAUUCAAGACGACGCGUAUUUGGCUACGUGGAAGCGAAGUGUUUUUGUUUAGCACAGGGGUGGAGGUUGCCUUUGUGGACUGCGCUACUUUGUUGAAGUGUUCUGACUUUAUUUGGUGCCUUGUGUAAUUAUGUCUUGAUUGUAAGGUCCAGUAAUUAAAACGGCAAAGAUGGACAGGGUGAUUUCCAUCGUGUUACAUUAUUAAAAGUGUGCAGGGUUAAUUUUGCUGCUAGCUGUAUACAAGUCUCCAUGAUAAGCAAGAAGGCAGUGUUGAGUCGUUCACAGGUGGCCAAACCUGUUUUUUCAUGCACAAAGAAUAUGCAGCGUAAAGAUGUAUCUUGGUGAGGAGGUCCUAUACGUGGCAUUAAUACCUGUUUGGCUGAAACCAGAUCACAACGUUUUGAACAAUAAAUGUAUUGUUUUGUAAGGAGGUUCUAAAUAAUAAACAGCCGGCCAGGUGGUUCAGCGGUUAAAAGGCAGUGGCUCGCAAUCUGGAGGUUGCAAGUUCAAAUCCUGGUUGGGGGUUCACUCAGCCCAUCAACCUUUGUGGGGGUCAGUAAAACGAGUAUCCACUUUGUUGGGAAGUCAACGGUCGUUGUCCUACGGGUAGACCCGCCCCUUGCCGUGAGGAAUGUGGAACUUCAACCACUCGCUCAGGGCUGUGAACAGGCAUUGAGCAGCAACCCGGUGCUUUUUUGAGUAAAACAAUACAUUGGUUUUGAGAGCUGCACACGUACAUUGCACUACAUUGAUAUAAAAAAUAUAUUCUGUUCUCUACAUUGACGUUUUUCAUAAUUUGUGAUCCACAGGAAUGUGAAGUUGAUUAAAUCACAGAUUUAUGUUUGUUAUUGAGAAAUGAACCCCGGGGACGUGGGGUCACAGUUUUAAAUAAAGGUCAAAACCAAGAUCCAGUGGCAGCUGGAGGUGGUCGUUACGUUUACAAACCGGCUCUGGGCUGCCUGUUUGAAGCAGGAGACGUGUCCGGAUUGAAUUUGCUCGUGGCCAGUGUUAAAAACAAAAAGCUUUUGGGCCCAAUUUUGAGAGCUAAUCACGCACUCGUCACAUCCCUCAGCAGAGGCGCUCAUCACGUCCCUCAGCAGAGACACUCGAGAGUGUAGCAUGACGGCUAGACGUCCCGAGUCACUCUGCAACGGAACCGCAUCGCGACGUUUCAUGUCAUUAGUAAUUUACUUGAACGUAAGCGCGUGACGGUGAAGAAUGCGGGAGAAUGUGGAAUUGCCCUUCACUCCUCCGGGCCGUUGUUUCUGGGAAAACUAAUGGCAGCGCUUUACCCACGGUCGGCGUCUCUUCCAAAAUAGGGACUCCGACCAAUGCAGUUUAAAUAAGGCACUGUCGAUCCAUUCACUUGCAGUAAUGUGCAUGCCUAAGUCUGUGACCUGGUAUAGAUUGGGAGGUGUAAUGAAGUGUGAAUUUACAUUGGAAUAUCUAUCAUUUGCAAAAUUAAAUAAAAACCCACAUUUAAUUAA